AUGAGCACUGCACCAGCCCACUCUAAGGUGGUGGUGACGAAGGGGACGCACGAGCUAGCUGUACAGCAGCGGCCAACUCCCGAGCCGACCGGCCGUCAGAUUCUGAUCCGGAUAGAGGCGGCCGGGAUUUGCGCAACGGAUCUCCAUCUCAUCCGGAAGUCCAUCCCUUACCUCCAGCCCAAAGUUGAUAUCUGCGGCCACGAAGGUAUCGGCCGAAUUGUUCAGUUGGGCCCCGAUGUCGAUGCCCAGUGGAAGGUGGGCGAACGCGUUGCCCACCGAUGGAUUUUCCGAUGGUGCGGCCAGUGCGAGAUGUGCAAGGAGGGCAACGAGCAGCUGUGUGAUCGCAGAGAACUCAGCGGAAAGGACGUCGAUGGCUGCUGGGCGGAGUACACAUUGGUUGACAGCAACUAUCUUCUGCGGAUCCCUGAGGAGAUCGAUCCGGCUGCAGCAGCUCCGGUCCUUUGUGCAGGCACAACUGUGUAUCGGGCGCUGAAGACGGCUGCCCUAGCCCCGGGCCAGUGGGUUGCCAUCGUAGGGGCUGGGGGAGGCCUCGGCCACCUGGCUAUCCAGUACGCAAAGGUGCAAGGUCUCAAAGUCCUGGCGAUUGAUGGUGGGCAGGAAAAGGGAAAGAUGUGCGAGAAACUGGGUGCGGAUGUCUACGUCGACUUCACCGCAACCAAGGAUAUCACUUCCGAUAUCACCUCCGCCACCGGCGGCGGUGCUCACGGAAUCCUUGUGACGAGCUCGAGCCCGCGGGCUUACGAACAAGCCCUGACAUACGUGCGGAAACGGGGGAUCGUGAUGUGCAUUGGAAUUACGCCGCAAAAGAUGACAUUCCCCAUUGGCCCGGAGUAUUUUGUGGCUCGCGGCGUGCGUCUCACGGGCACAAGCACAGGCACGAUGGAAGACACCAGGGAGGCGCUGGAGUACGUUAGAAGCGGCCUGGUCAAGCCAAUCGUUAUCGAGAAGAGUCUCGAAGAUAUUGCUGGAUGUCUGGAUGUUUUGGAAAAGGGGGACGCCGUUGGCAGGUAUGUCGUAAGACUGUAA